AUGGGAGAUAAUGCGGUAGAUGGUGAAGCAGAAUUAAUUCAAUUACGUAAAGAUUAUGGAGAAUUAAGGGAAAAGAAUAGAAAGUUGAAAGCCGAGGCCGAGAAAUACCAAGUCAUAGUAGGUAAUGCGACUAGUUAUAGAUUCGCUGACGAUGAUCAAAAUAAUCCUGUUCAUUUCAACGACGACAUUAAAAACUUGAAUGGAAGAAUCUCUAAAUUCAUUACUAAUUUGAAAAAUAACGUCGAAAUACAUUCGAAUAAGAUUUCAGAGCUCUUACGGGAUUAUAAGUGUAAUAAGGAAACCAUAAAAGAUAUGCAGCUCGUAAAGGAUGUAUUAAGACGUUUAGUAAUUGAAACUGUUAUUAAUGAAUUCGACAAAUUUUGUAAAUCAGAAAACUCUUGCCUUGAAACCGAAAUAAUGAAUGACUUAAAGCUAUUAGACAAAUUAAAUACAUUAACUAGUUCAAGAUCCGGUAACGACAUUAUGAAGUCAACUUUAAUAAAAAUACGCCAACAAAUUUAUGCUAUUCUCGGGAGCUUAGCAUUUGCAAAUACGGCUGACGAAAAAGAACACGACCAUCCGUUUAUAAAUAAUUGCAAGACGCAACUUAUUAACAAAAUAAAUCAAUAUCGCACUAUUACUGAUGAAUCUAAGAGAAAGGAAACUGAAAGACAGGUUUCAGCAAUUGUCCGUGACGUUAUUAGUAUAUUUUAUUUUCGAAGGUAUGCGCAGGAACCAAUAGUAAGUUAUGUGUGGGUCAAAAAUGACGAGCCUAUAGAUUCAUUAACUAUGACAGGCACUUGGAAUAAAGAUGAUGAAAUUGAUAAUUUGGUAGUACAAUUUUGCUCAUUUCCACUUUUUGGAGUAGAAUUAGAGGAUCAGGAUAAAAGACAAAUAUAUACUCCGGCAUGUGUUAUCGCAAAAGAGGAUACUCCAGAAACAAUAAGGCAACGCGCAC